AUGGCAGAACGAAUUCAGUCCAGCGGCUUCAUCGAGAAGAUCUUUGUAGCUGCUCCUGGCACAGAGAUUAUGAUGGAUGAGGGUGCCCCUGGGACAACAGAGAGACGCCUACGCAACCUUCAACAUGCGACUCCAUCUCUCAUUGACCCAAAUGAUCCUCUCCGUUGGUCUUCUUUCAAGAAAUGGACAGUUCUCCUAAAUGGUGUCGCCUAUGCAUUUAAUGGUGCUGUGACUGGGCCAAUGAUGGCUGGAGGAAUGCUUCAACUUGCAUCUUUCUUUGAUGUGUCACUUGCUAUGGUGUCUUAUGCCAACGGAGCAACUUUGAUCUGCCAAGGAUUUGGCAACCUCUUUUGGAUGCCGCUGGCAAUUAAGUAUGGGCGACGGCCGGUGUACUUGACGUCCAAUCUUUUAAUGGGAAUUGCUUGUAUCUGGCUUGCUAUUACAGCCGAGAAAUCAUACGUACCCUUCAUCGUUGGGCGAGCCUUCCUCGGCCUUUUUCAGGCCCCUAUCGAAGCCAUCGUCCCAAGUACAGUUACCGACAUCUUCCACCUUCACGAACGUGGAGAAAAAAUCUCCAUCUACGGUCUCGGUGUCUUGGGCGGCAAUGAGAUUGGCCCCCUCGUAUCUGCGUACAUCAUCCAGGCCCUUAGCGUGCGAUGGGCCUUCUUCAUUAUCGCAGCAUGCAUUGGUGUCAACAUGAUAACUUUAAUUUUCUUCAUGCCAGAAACAAAAUUCACGGGCCCUAGACCUGCCAUUACCAUCGUUGAUAAUGACGAGACAACAACUAUCCCAUCUGACAAGGCACAGUCAGAGCACUGUGAAGUGAUUGAUGGCUGCUCACCUGACACCUCGCACAGUAUUACGAAAAAGUCAUACUGGGAAAGUCUUGCAUUCUACUCCGAAGUCGAUCAUCUUGUUAGUUUGAAACGCGCAUUCCUGCGUCCGUUUAUUCUCACAGCCUAUCCAAUUGUCCUGUGGUCAAGUGUGAUUUACGGUCUGGCCCUUGGAUGGAACGUCAUCCUAGGAGUUAGCGUAGCACAACUCUUUGCUCCUCCACCGUAUAAUUUUAAAUCCGGCGCGCAAGGUCUUGUGUUUCUGUCCCCGUUCAUUGGAUCGCUGGCAGGGACUUACUUAUGCGGUCCGCUUGCCGAUCGCAUUGCAACCUGGGCCACGAAGAGAAACCACGGUAUUCGAGAGCCUGAGAUGCGACUUCCAGCCUGUGUGAUUGCUGCAGUGCUCACGUUCUUGGGCGCUCUUAUGGCUUCACUUACGUAUCAGGCGAAGACACAUUGGGCUGGUCCAAUUGUGGGCUUGGGCGUACUAUCUGCUGGGGCUCAGAUGGGUGCUACUUUAGCAAUGUCAUAUUCACUUGAUUCUCACAAGGAGCUCUCUGGCGAGCUCAUGGUCACAAUCUCCUGCCUUAAGUCGCUCAUUGCAUGGAUUUGGACGUGGGUGGUUAACGAUUGGCUUGUUGCUGAUGGUAUAAUAGUCGUGUAA